AACAGUUCGGAUGUUCAGCAUAAUGAAAUCGCGGUUGUUAAUAAUAUUUCUUUCCUCUUUGCUUUUGGUGGAGGUACCCAUAUCUCUUGCAAAUUCAAGCCUAAACGAAACUAAAACCAUAUUUGAUCUCAUAAUACUUAAAGACGAACAAAUACAAAGACAAAAGGAAGAAAUAAUUAAUCUAAAGAAUCAAAUCAAGUCCAUGGAAACUGAAGAAAAUUUUCCUGAUUCCUGUCCCAGUGGCAGUAAAAAUGGAAUUUACCAAAUAAAGUUACGGGGUAUGGAACCAUUUAAAGUGCCUUGUGUGUCGUCUGUUUCUGGAUGGUCGGUAAUUCAGAGGCGUGUUGACGGAUCGGAAAACUUUACUCGCAGCUGGGAGGACUACAAGAAUGGUUUUGGAGACGUGAAAAAAGAGUUUUUUAUAGGACUGGAAAAGUUGCACAAAAUGACUGAAGCACGUCCUCAUGAACUUUACAUUAAUCUUCGGGAUGUUAAUGGAACCCAUCGCUAUGCUCAUUACGAUAAUUUUGGAAUCGGCAGUGAAGAGGAGUCGUAUGAGUUGAAAACUUUGGGUAAAUUUUCUGGUACCGCCGGAGAUUCUCUGGAUAUUCACUUGGGAAAGAAGUUUUCCACAUUCGAUCGGGACAAUGACUCCGGGGAAGAUAAUUGCGCUGAAACUCACUCCGGUGGCUGGUGGUUUAGUAGCUGCGCUCAGAGCUCGCUUAAUGGAUAUUUCUAUAAAAAAGGCAAAAGAGAAGAUGGCCAAAGCUACGGAAUUGUAUGGGCUACCUGGAAAGACUACGAUUUUGAGAUCUCCCUUGCAUUUGCUGAAAUGAUGAUUAGACCCAAGUCGUUUUGAGUAAAGUUCAAAUUAAAACACUCAAAGAAAUAAUUAAAAGAAUUCACCAAAAAUCGAUGACAUUGUCAGAUUUCAAAUUUUGUUGCUUACAAUAUUAUAUGCCAAACUAGUUUAACUAU